UGAUCAUUAAUUUAACCCAGGAUCUCAGUGCCUCUUACGUCUUUGUAUUGUUAGGGUUGCGGACGUUUGUUAGUGGAAAGGAUUUCAACUUGACGGGCUAGGGAGUAUUCUGUGAACGCUUUCAAUCUGCAAAACUACCCAGUAUUGAAGAUGCUUCGCUUCAGCAACACGCUGGUGCGUCUGGCUGGCACUCGGGAGGUCCUGCAGACUGGGGCUGCUGCCUCCUUCUGCAGCUCAGCCAAGCAGCUCAGUGCUGCUGGUGGGGAUUUUGAAAAACACAAAAUCCCUGAAAGGCUUCUUUACAUUCCUGAUGCUGAAGACCCUUCCUUCUUUGAGUCGGUCGAGUAUUUCUUUCAUCGGGGAUGCCAGGUUGUGGAGGAUCAGCUGAUAGAGGAGAUGAAGGACCGCAUUUCCUUAGAAGAUAAGCGCAAUCGCACAAAAGGCAUCAUGGCGAUCAUGGAGCCUUGCCACCACGUACUCGAGGUCGCUUUCCCCGUCAAGCGCGACAACGGCAAGUUCGAGAUGAUCCGCGGCUGGCGCGCCCAACACUCGUUACAUCGUACGCCCACCAAGGGGGGCAUCCGCUACUCCUUGGACGUGUGUGCCGACGAGGUGAAGGCACUGUCUGCCCUCAUGACGUUCAAGUGCGCGUGUGUGGACGUGCCCUUCGGAGGAGCUAAGGCGGGUCUCAAGAUCGACCCUCGCACCUACUCCGUCAACGAGCUCGAGAAGAUCACCCGGCGCUUCACACUCGAGCUCGCUAAGAAGGGAUUCAUCGGUCCCGGCAUUGACGUACCAGCACCAGACAUGGGCACCGGGGAGCGCGAGAUGUCCUGGAUCGCCGACACUUACGCCCAUACAAUCGGUGCGUUGCAUGCCCUGCUACGAGGCAAGGUUCUUCAUGGUUCGCUUUUUCUAAUGCUUGUUGAGCGGGUGUUAACAGCGUUGUUUGUACGGCCUCAGGGCUUCGGUAACGUAGGCCUGCACACGAUGCGCUACCUGCACCGCGCUGGCGCCACGUGCAUCGGCGUCAAGGAAGUCGACGGCGAGAUCUUCAACCCCGACGGCAUCGAUCCUAAGGAGCUGGAAAAUUACAAGCUGGAGCACGGCACCAUCGUUGGGUACCCCGGCGCUAAAGUUUACGAGGGGGAGAACUUGCUGUAUGAGCCCUGCGACAUCCUCAUCCCUGCCGCCAUCGAGAAAGUCAUCCACAAGAACAACGCCCACAAGAUCAACUGCAAGGUGAUCGCCGAGGCUGCGAACGGCCCCACCACACCUGCUGCCGACAAAAUCUUGCAGCAACGCAACAUUUUGGUCAUUCCUGACCUAUACAUCAACGCUGGAGGUGUCACCGUCUCAUACUUCGAGUGGCUCAAGAACUUGAACCACGUUUCAUACGGCAGACUCACCUUCAAGUACGAGCGAGAGUCCAACUACCACUUGCUGGAAUCUGUUCAGGAGUCUUUGGAGAGGCGCUUUGGUCGUGUGGGCGGACGCAUCCCCAUCGAACCUUCAGAGUCUUUCCAAUCGAGGAUCUCUGGCGCGAGCGAGAAGGACAUCGUCCACUCGGGCCUUGACUACACCAUGGAGCGCUCCGCCCGGGCCAUCAUGAGGACGGCCAUCAAAUACAACACUGGAAUUGAUCUGAGGCUGGCUGCCUACAUCAACUCAAUUGAAAAGAUCUUCACGACCUACAACUCAGCGGGUCUCACCUUCACGUAGACGUGCCCUCCAGCAGGCGCCACCCCUAAGUGUCCGCAACUGAACGUUGGCGGCAGGAUUGACCUCGAGGUUCUUCUACCAGUGACCCAGUGACAUACUAAUAAAAUGUGCUCUAUGUCGAUUGUACGUGUGUUCACUGAGAAACUGAAGGAUAAAUAAUGAGAUUGUUGUCAUGGACGAAAAGAAUUUAAGUACUCAUUAAAAAAAUUGUCUGAUUCUGUACGGCGUAACGUUUUAAAUUUUGUUGUCUCGGCCCAAUAUUUCGUACGAUAAUGUAGGUUAAUAUCACAACAGCAUGGAUAGGAGAGACGACUGGUUAUGGUCUACUGAGAGGCAGGCCUUAGUUUCAGCCUCAACUAGGCUGAUAUUCUCUUCGUGCUUCUGAAUUUUUAAGCCUCCAUACCAUAUUCAUCCAUUUUCAUUUCAUAAUUUCAUAUGUGUAUUGUGUAUUGACAAGAUCACUGAGAUUUUAAUUAGGUGAAUAAAUGAGUGGACGAUGAAACUUUGAAAUUCCAAGAAGUGCUCUUCUGACGCGUAUAUUGUUUUAUUUUGUCAGCCACACCAGUUUCUUUAAAAUAUUUUGGGCUCUUCACUGCUGGCAGGUUUUAGCAUUUGGUACGUUGAAUGUUUUGUUUCCACUCAUUGUCUAUGUGUUCGACUAGUUAGCAGUGUAUAGAAUUCUUUUGCUUAAUUUUAAAUAACUGGUGAUAAAAAAUUCUUGCCGAGUCACAAUUUAUCUACGAUCGUUGUUACGUUUUAAAGAGACUGAAAAGUAAUAAGCUUAAGCGCCUCACUUGCCUGCAUUGUGAUAUCUCGACGCUCUGCAGCGGACACGGCAUGUUGCACCGACGUCGCCGUAAUAAGUUAGCUGUUCCGCCUUUGCUUCUGGCCCUGAUUUGUACAGAUCGGUUUCUGAUUUACGAGCUUUAAGCUGCACCUGAUUUUCUAAUAAAUAUAAUCUAACCUUC